AGUCAACACAAGCAGGGCUGCAAAACACAGCUGGGCGCAGAUGCUGCCCCAGCCUGGAGAGUUUUUGUCCCCCAUCAGUCACUCUCUCUGAGCUCGAAAUCCGUCCCCCAUGGGCAGCCAACAUCGUGGGCUACCAAGAACCACAUCCGCUGGGUACAAACCGCCCCCUACCAGGCAGCUUGCCUCAAUUUCUGCGGCCCUGGGGGAUGGCCCUGCUGCAAGCAGGGCUCUCGCCGGUGGUUGCCAGGGGACCCCAGCCCUGGGUGUGCAACAGGACCAGCUGUGGAGGGAGCUUGUGGAAGCCGAAGCACGAGGCCAGAGGCGUUGGGCUGAGAACUGGGGUUUCCUGAAAGACUAUGACCCUCUGGGAAAUAAGAAGGAGCCUCAGGAGCUGCCUGCCAGUGUGCCCUUCUUCUCAGAUACCUUCCCCUGCUCUACCAACCGGGAGGUGGGCAGCAGGGUGGACACACCCCUGGGGAAAGCCCUCGGCCACAUGGACUUCUUCUUUGUGGAAGGCACUCGGAAGAGGAAGCCGGAUGAUGAGCUGCAGCCAGUGUAGUCUCGGGGCUGGCCACAGCAGGCAGUUUCUUGGACCAACAGGUUCCCGGUUGGGCAGCACCAGAGAGUGCCAGGGCCAGCUGAACCAAGAGAGCCUGCAGGAGACUACGGCAUACAGUGUCUGCUUUACUCUGGAGGCCACAGCCAGCCCCACAUACCCUCUACCUCCGCCUCAUCUUCAGACUCUCCAAGAAGGUGCCUGCUUCUGACCUCCACUGUCACAUCCACAGGCUGAGAGGGGAUGGAGACGGAGGGUCCAGCCACCACUGUCUUCUUUCUCUGGAUCCAGAACAAGGAAAUCUAGAUGAGCCGGGUGGCACCAAACCUCCACAUCAUCACUGGAAAAGUCUAGGGAGCUUCGUCCAGGACAGUCAAACAGGGCAGCGCAGAGCCCACAGGCUGGGUGGCACCAGGGGACGAGAACGGCAGGAAGGGCCAUGGCAGAGGAUCUCCCUUCAGUUCUAACCACUGCUUCUUUGAGAGUACUUGCCUCCCUCUGCUCUGUGACAGAAGCUGCCCAUCUACUCCAGUGAUAAAGGCACGGCGUGACCUUUAGGCCUCUUCCUGUACUAGAAAUGAUGAGGCAGUGUAGGAGGGACACAUGAGCCAGCCUGAGUGUGGGACGGUGAUAGGCAGCCUGUUUUGGUUGAAUGAGGCUUGCUCCGGUGACCCAGUAGAGAACUCCACAAGGGACAGAAAAGUGAGCCAUGUUCCCAGAACCAGGUGUGUGAAACCACAGAGCUCCCAACUUCAUAAUUCUGUGACUACCAGUCACGCAGACAAUGUCCCAAGCUUCUGGUAUUCUGGCUAGACUCCACCCUCACAGUUACCUGACUAUAGCCAGGUAUGCUCCUCCCCACAGUUACCUGGCAACAGCAAGAUAGCUCAGCCCACUAUAAAAGGAGCUGCUUGGUCCCUCCUUGCUCUCUUUAAGCUCUCACCUUUCUUACUCUCUAGCCCUCCUUCUCUCUUUCCUUUCCCCCCUCUCUCCACGUGGACAUGGCCAGCCUCUCUCUCUCUAUCUUCUCUUUUUCCCCUGCCUUUCUACAAUAAAGCUCUAAAACCACA